GCGACACGGCUAGCUAUCAGCUAAACAGUUAAAUAUUUCAGUGUUUGGACAAUUGUUCGUGCUAGUGGUUACUUCAGUGUGUGUGCUGUUAACAGUAGACGUCCAUAAUAUUUGACAUUGGGCGGACACGGAGACCGCGGUCCAUCUGUCUGUGUGUUAGCUGGUGAAGUUGGCAGUGAACUGGUGUCUGACCGUUAGCUGAAGCUCUACGUGACGCUAGCCAAUAACGACGUGCCUCGGUAUCUGGUCUGUCGACACUUCAGCGUUUGGCACAAGCGUCUGAGGGAGUUUAAAAACGAAAGUUAAAUAUGUUUCGGACCAUUAACCGACCAGCGUAGCUGCAGCCUUAUUGACAGUCUUGCCUACAUGAGCUAGCAUAACGUUAACAUUGUUAUCUGAUGUGUUGUUGUUGUUGUGCGUACGUGCCAUACGUUUAAAAAUAUGACAACCAACAGAGAACAUUUCAUCCCACUCUGACAUUUGAUGCCGUUAGGUAUUUGGUGUGGUAAAAUGGUUCUCAGAUUGUCUUGGUUCUGGGUUAGCUGUGUAGCUUAAUCAGAAUGUGUGGAUUGUAAUAAUGCUGUUUUAAAUUGGUGAUAGUUCGGUUGAGUAUGUUGCUUUAAUGUGUAAAAAACAAAUGUGUUGUAGAAGCCUGCAGUGUAAACUGAACCUUUGAAAUAUUAAAUAAUUGUGUUCACGUAAAAUCCAUGCAAUGCACCUUUGAAUCGUGCAUUGUGUGCCGUUGUCCAGCAGGGGGUACUGCAACACAGCCGUAAUGUUAUGUCUGGAAGUAAAUCAUUUAGUGCCCUGUGAAUAUUUGUGUCGUCUUUGUUCUCUUGACAGAGUUUUGUUCAUAGCUCAUGCUCGGCGUCAAACAGCCAUAUGCGGAAGCCUUCAAACAAAGUUAGUUACUGUUAGGUUUGCUCUAUCAAGCUUCAAACGCUUUUACUUAGGAUCAGCGGUGAAGGCAUUCGUUGGUGCUACUAUCAGUAUUUGUCUCUUAUCCUUAUUACUUCAUCUGUUGUUGAAGGGCUGUAGGGAUAAAUUUUCCCUGCAUGCCGUCUUCCUGUAAAGGCUUAUUGUGGUAGACUGACUUAUUCCUCUAUGACUUUUCCCACAGCAUUUAGUGGUAGUGGGGCAGAAACCACAUCCAGGAUGCAGAGGCUCACUUCCCACAUUGUGAUUUAGAAAGACAUCAUGGAUGAGCAGACAGCCUCUCCUGGAGCCACUGCUGACAACAACAGCCAGAGAAAUGGAGAUGAGAAACCCCGGCGAGGCAGCUGGACCAAGGGGAGGAAGAGGAAGAAGCCGAUGAAGGACAGCAACGCGCCCAAGGCCCCCCUGACGGGCUACGUUCGCUUCAUGAACGACAGACGGGAGCAGCUACGGGCGGAACGUCCAGACGUUCCCUUUCCAGAGAUCACAAGGAUGCUGGGUAACGAGUGGAGCAAGCUGCCGCCUGAGGAGAAGCAGCGGUACUUGGACGAGGCCGAGCGAGAUAAGGAGCGCUACAUGCGAGAGCUGGAGAAGUACCAGAAGACCGAGGCCUACAAGCAUUUCACCAGGAAGGUGCAGGAGAAGCAGAAGGGCAAGAGGCACAGGGGAGAUGUUGGACACCAGGCAGCCAACGAAGCUCUUCAUGAGAAGGAUGCAGAGGGAAAGGACAGAACUGUGUUUGACAUACCGAUCUUCACAGAGGAGUUUCUUAACCACAGCAAAGCCCGUGAAGCCGAGAUGCGGCAGCUGCGAAAAACCAACAUGGAGUACGAGGAGCGGAACGCGGCUCUCCAGAAGCACGUGGAGAGCAUGCGCGGGGCCGUGGAGCGGCUGGAGGGCGACGUGAUGCAAGAGAGGGGGCGCAACGGGCUCCUCCACCAACACCUGGAGACCCUCCGCCAGGCGCUCGCCUCCAGCUUCUCCACUGUGCCUCUGCCAGGCAGUGGAGAGACACCAAGUCUUGAAACCAUUGACUCCUACAUGAAGAAGCUCCAUAGCAUCAUUGUCAGUAACCCCCAAGAACAUGAGAAUCUCAUCAGCACUGUGAGAGAUGUGGUCAACCGUCUGGACAGAUAAUUGGACCAAGUUCAACUGAUGCGGUGGACUGCGUUCACACUUUCAGGUCGAUGCCUUGACCCAUGACGUGGCGUCUUCUUGUCAAUCUCUCAUCCCAUUUGAGUUCAAGACAUCUUUUAUUACUCUGCUAAGGUGAUAUAGGUGAAGGUGAUAUAGCGUCUCAUAUUUAUUUAUUAUUUUUUACAUUUUUUAAAAAGUAACUCUGUUCACAUUUUAUUACUGUAGCUGUAGUUGGUUUUAUAAAGCAAUGAGACUAUGGGACAUGAAACAUUUCUUUGUUAUGAUUGCUCUGUUCUGUCUUAACCAUCUAUUUAUAGCAAAUUCUUCCACAACAAUAUCUAAUCCUUUAUUAAACAUGUUGUCGGUGGGUGUUCAUUUACCAUAUCCAAGAAAUAUUGUUGAGCAUUUUAGUUUUUUUUUAAGCUCUGUUGGAGAAAAAGGUGCCAUUCAUUAUUUUUUUCUGUGUGAAAAAGUGUUUGUGUUGUCAAUAAAUGUAUUUACAUCAA